AACAACGAAACCGUAUACCGUUCUCUAGAAAAGAAGGAAGUCGCGGAAACUCGGAAACGGGGUCUUCCGCGUUUCUAAAGCAUAGGACGAUCUUCUGAUUUCUAAUUCAUCCGAAGCAUCGACGGAUAACUCCGGAGUUUAAUUUCCUGUAUCCGAAUUUCGAUCGAGAUCCGUCGCGAGUUCGCCGGUGUUCCCAGAUGGCUCUGAAUCCUCAGCUCUUUCCUAAUGGAAUGCCCGUUCCUUUCGUGAACGAGAUGUUUGUCUUGGCCAGAGACGGCGUUGAGUUCGAGGUCGAUAAGAUCCCCGGGAAUCAAGGGGGUCACAUCAAAACAAAGGGAACGAUCUAUUUGUCAAAUAUACGGAUGGUUUUCAUUGCCAAAGUGCCUGUUGGAGACUUUGCAUCUUUUGACAUGCCUUUGCUUUACAUCCAUGGUGAAAAAUUUAACCAACCAAUAUUUCACUGCAACAAUAUUUCUGGACUCGUCGAGCCUGUGGUGCCAGAUGACCAACAUAGAGCUCUUUAUUCCACGCACACAUUUAAGAUCUUGUUCAAAGAAGGGGGCUGUGGAACUUUCGUUCCUCUUUUCUUCAAUUUGAUUGGUUCGGUAAGGCGUUACAAUCAACACUCUAAUAUCAGGACGGAAUCUCACCUGGAUCCUUUGCAAGCAUCACAGACUCCUGUAGAUGAGAUGAUGAGACAUGCGUACGUUGAUCCUAAUGAUCCAACAAGAAUAUUUCUACAACAACCCAACCAGGAUUCCCAGCUUAGGCGCCGAACAUAUCAGCCCCACGCAGUUGAAGGCCGUCUAUGAGUCUUCUACCCGAUCAUUACCCAUGAAUGGUUGCUGAUAUUGAAACUGCAUUACAUUGAAUAAAAUUACAUGAUGCAAUAGAUCAUCGUUGUGUAGAUCUCAUAUGUAGAACGUAUAAUAAAAGCUAACGUUGAAUGUAUACUAUAUGUUACAUUAUUUUCAUCUUCACGGGGUAUCUUUUGGUUC